AUGGGAGGUUCCGCGUUUUCGACUGGCAACCAGCCACUUAACACGCCUCGUAUGACUCCUGAGGUCUACGAGCGCGUCAAGGCACAAUGCCACGCCGCUCUUAGGAACAUCUACCUCUGUGUAGCGAGCCCGAUUGAUGGUCCUGGGAAGAUUGACUACGGUGAUAUCGACAUCCUAGUCGCCUGGGAGAAGUCCUCCAUUUUAGGAAAGGAGCAAUCAAAAUAUCCACCUUUCGCCACCAAGCAAGACGCCUGCAGGGCCAUCCAGGAAAGCCUUGGGGCGUCGUUUCUCAAGAUGGAGAAUGGCGGUGAUCACUACGCCGUGCCCUGGCCCGAGGAUGAAUCUUCGACUGAAGAGCAAGCGUCUUCUGUUUCUCCCUCCAGGAGAUACGUUCAAGUCGACAUCACCAUCUGCGAUACAUUGGAUCAGAUGCAAUGGAAGCUCUUCAAGCAUGCGCACGGUGACCUUUGGAGUAUUCUUGGUACUAUCAUUCGUCCGUACGGUCUUACGAUUGAUGAGCAAGCGCUUUGGGUUCGCAUCACCGAGAUCGAAAGGUUCAACAAGAACAAGUCCAAGGUCUUUCUCACCAACAACCCCUACAAAGUACUCAGCUUCCUGGGCUUAGACGCCAGUAACAAGUACUGGGACGCACCAUUUGAGUCACUAGAUGCCAUGUAUGAAUACGCUGCAACAUGCCGUCUGUUCUGUUCCUUCAGUUUCACCAGUCCAGAAUUACCUCUGCCAUCAGCGCAGUCUUCUGCUUCUUCGCUGUCUAAGAAUGUCAGCCAGACACAGGAGACAAGCCAGAAACCGAAUGCCAGCGACAAGAAGCGCAUGAACUCCCGUCCAGCCUACAACAAGUUCAUCAACGAGUUUAUACCCCAGUGCCGGAAAGAUGAACGUUUCACAGAGUUUAAAAGCUCGGUUGAGUCGGUCCGUAGAGAAGCGUUCGGGCGAUUCAAGGGUGCCAAGGAAACUUUUGAAAAGCAACGCAUCGAAUUUCUCUGUGAGAGAGAUCGGGAGGAGAUUACAGCUAAACUCAAGAACGAGUGGGUUCCUGCUGUGGACCCCAACGACCUCAAUCAAUGCCAGUAUCGAGGCUGCCAAAUCAAGGCAUUCAAGAGAAUCAUCUUUGAAGGCGACAACAGCUAUGAAGGCAUUGUUCCAGGUGAGGAGCUCAAGGAUGAGGUUGGUAGGAUGAUCGAGGAAAAGGUUGAGCAGUUUGUCAAGAGGCACAUGGACACCAUCGGAAAGAUUGCUUAUAGCAAGCAGCAGCAGGCCUACGCGAAACACAUGAAUCAGCAGGGUCUUGAGAGACAGCAAGCACCGCUUCUGAUGCUCUAA